AUGGUCCUAAAAAUUCCAAUUUGCAACUUCCUCUCUUCAUAUUAUGAAGAUGAUGUUCACAAGUGUGGGCGAUGCCACUCUGAGUUCACCUCUUUGGAAGAAUUUGUACAGCACAAAUUACAAAAGAUCUGUCAACGAACUCAAGAAGUCAUUACUGCCACAUCAACAAGUCUUCUUAGCCAAGAACUACAAAAGCAGGUUGUUCCUUCUGUUGAAGACUCCAUAACUGUUGCUCACAUAGUUGUUGAAGCAUCUUCAAUAGCAGAAGAAAUCAGUAAUGCAUCUUCUAUAGUAGGUAGUGGGCACAUCAAAGAAGUCAUUGUCACAGGAGAACAUGUUUUUGAAAAUCCUAAUGGCCAGAUUGAUGGUGAGAUCACAGAAGGACAGGGCAGCCCUGAUGACCUGGAACAAGAUGGCUCCACAGAGCUGAUUAAGGUUAAACUGCUGGUUAAUAAAGAAGGUCGAUAUGUGUGUGAGUUAUGCCACAAGACAUUUAAAACGGCCAGUAUCCUUAAAGCUCACAUGAUCACUCAUAGUAGUAGGAAGGACUAUGAAUGUAAACUGUGUGGAACUUCAUUUAGGACAAAGGGGUCUCUCAUUCGACACCACCGACGUCAUACAGAUGAGCGACCUUACAAAUGCAAGAAGUGUGGGAAAAGCUUUAGGGAAUCGGGAGCAUUGACACGGCAUCUGAAAUCUUUGACACCUUGCACUGAAAAAAUCCGUUUCAACAUGAGCAAAGAAAUAGUUGUUAGCAAAGAUGAAUUGCCAACAGAAUCCUGUAGUUCAAACACAGAGGCUGUUUCACCUAUAGCAAGUGAAUCCAUUGAGACUCCCCUGAUUCACCUACUAACAGAUGCAAAAGGCAAUGUCCUUCACGAAGUCCAUGUCCAAAUGCAGGAACUUCCUGUUGAUGCAAAAUCCUUGGAUCAAGAGCCAUCAAAUCCUGAGGAAGUACCAUGUGAAGGGGAAGUGAACAGUGAGAACUUGCUGAGGCAGGCCAUGAGGAAUUCUGGGAUUGUGAUAGAAAAAGUUUCUGUGGAAGAGAUGCAAAAAUCAGAUGAACCUGGUGUGGCUGCUACAGAAGAACUAGAAAAUGAAGAGAUGGAAGCAGAAGAGGAGCAGUGUGGGGAACAGUGUGUUGAAGUAGAGCAAGUAGAGACUACGGAUACAGAAACAAACGGAUACAAAAGUUAUGUUUGUCCUCACUGUAGUGAAGUUUUCAGUGGGGCUGUUUCCCUUGAGGCACACGUCAAAGGACAUUUAGGUUACAAAGUGUUUAAAUGCGAGGAGUGUGGCAAAGAGUUCAUGAAAGGCUAUCUGUUGAAAAAGCACCAAGAAGUCCAUGUCAAUGAGCGGCGCUUCCGUUGCGGUGAGUGUGGCAAGCUCUACAAGACUAUCGCGCAUGUGAAAGGCCACCGGAGGGUGCACUCAGAUGAGCGGCCGUAUUCCUGUCCAAAGUGUGGCAAGAGAUACAAAACAAAGAACGCACAGCAGGUCCAUUUCCGCACUCACUUGGAAGAGAAGCCCUACACCUGCCAGUUCUGCAACCGGGGCUUUCGGGAGAAGGGCUCGUUGGUUCGUCACAUCCGUCACCACACAGGCGAAAAGCCAUUCAAAUGUUACAAGUGUGGACGUGGCUUCGCAGAGCAUGGCACACUUAACAGGCACUUGAAAACCAAAGGUGGCUGCCUUCUUGCACUGAAAGAGGUUGAAGAAGUAAUGGUUUCUGAGGAAAGUCAGUCAGCUGACAACUUAGCAGCAACAGUUAUUUCUGAAGAUCCUCAUACCGUUCUAGUAGAAUUUUCUUCUGUGGUGGCAGAUACUCAGGAAUACAUCAUUGAGACUGCUACUGAAGACAUGGAGACCAGUGAAGCUACUGAAAUAAUAGAAGGAACAAGACAUGAGGUUGACAGUCACAUUAUGAAGGUUGUGCAGCAAAUAGUAAAUCAAGCAAACUCUGGUCACCAAAUCAUCGUGCAGAAUGUAACAGUGGCAGAAAGCUCUGAAGUUACUACUGAUGCUGCAGACACUAUCACUAUAGCAACCCCAGAGAGUCUGACAGAGCAGGUUGCCAUGACACUGGCUUCAGCGAUUGGAGAAGGAGCUGUGCUGACGACAGAAGGUAGCAUUGAGACAGAGGAAGCAACUGUGACAAUGGUUGCAUCAGAGGAUAUUGAAAUAAUGGAGCAUGCAGGAGAGUUUGUGAUAGCUUCUCAGGAAGGGGAGGUGGAAGUUCAGACAGUGAUUAUCUAGGGGCUAACAUAGACCUUAGUGUUUUUCACCAAGGCAGAAAAUGGGCUUAAUUAGCACUAAAGUUGGCUAUUCCAGUUACUUAGGGAGCAGGAGAGAAAUUCUCCUUUAAAAUAUAAAGGAAAUAUUUUAUAAACUGAAAAUGGUUUCAAUUAGGACAUGACACAUUUUUGUUUUAAAAUGGAAAUGGCAGUAGGAUUAGUACUGCCUAGCUUUAUGGUGCAAUAAGUGACAGUCUUAAGUCACACCAUUUAACUUUGUACAGCUGUCUCCAAUAAAGGAAUAUCCUUUGCAAAGCAUUUACCUCAGCCAAUUGGACAGCAGUGUUCUAGUUUAAAUCUGAACCGAGAUGGGAAGAUAAAGCAAGUAUGACUUGCUCUGAAAGAACCACAUUCACAAAUAACUGUGAAGUUUCUGGGUGUAUUGACCAUGAUGAAAGGCCAUAGUUUCAUGCCUUCCAACCUCUCUCAGCAUAGUAAAGUAGUUUUCUCUAUCAGACAAUAGCCUUUUAUAUAAAGGUCUCUGAAAGAAUGCAUUGUAGCCUUGCUGCACUCCACAGGUGGCUACUCAGAUAACCUUUUCAUGUGUAAAGCCAUACUGUACAUGAUUCUUUUAUAACCAUAUACAGAUUUUUACUUGCAAAUUGUAAAUAGAAUACUUUUUCUAAAAAAUAAAAUAUUUAAAGUUC